AUGGGGCGCGGUGUAGUAUGCCAUGCAACAGGCUCGUCACCAUACACCGGCGUCGUGAGCCCGGGCAAUGGCCGCCCCUCGGUCUUCAAGGUGCACAAGCCCCACUUUGGCACCACCACCGAGGUGCACGCGUCCGUCGCCGACCGGCCGAGCGCCAGCGGCGCGGUCGGGUCCAACGGCGCCACGGCGGUGGCGGUCAACGGCGCGGGAACUGUGGGGCGCCUGGGCGCGGUGCCGGGGCGGCCGAUCCUGGACGUUGCGGGGUGGCAGGACAGCAUACUGGCCCGCAGCUCGAUGGGGCUGCAGCCGCAGCAGCAGAUGCCGCCGCGGCUACGGAUCUUCUCCGGCACCAGCAACCCGUCUCUUGCGGCGGAGGUGGCGUCCUACCUGGGCACCGAGCUGGGCAAGAUCAAGAUCAAGCGGUUUGCUGACGGAGAGAUCUACGUCCAGGUCGGCGAGAGCAUCCGCGGCGCCGACGUGUUUUUGGUGCAGCCGACCAGCCCCCCCGUCAACGACCACUUCAUGGAGCUGGCCGUGAUGAUUGACGCCUGCCGCCGCGCGUCUGCGCGCUCCAUCACGGCGGUGAUCCCCUACUACGGCUACGCGCGCGCGGACCGCAAGACGCAGGGCCGCGAGUCCAUCGCCGCCAAGCUGACGGCCAACCUGAUCACGGAGGCGGUCAUCCUUGACUACCUGGCGUCCAAGCGCAUCGCCACGGGUGACCUGGUGGUGGUGAGCCCCGACGUCGGCGGCGUCGCCCGCGCGCGCGCCUUUGCCAAGAAGCUCAACGACGCCCCCCUGGCCAUCGUGGACAAGCGCCGCAGCGCGCACAACGUGAGCGAGGUGAUGAACCUGAUCGGGGACGUGAAGGGCAAGAAUGCGACGUCUGUGCAGGCGCUCAGGGAGUGA